UGCGGUUUUGCGGAACGGGCCGUUGCGGUGAAUGCGUGAUUGAGGUCCCGCAGCUAUUAUUCGUUCCCCUCUUUGGGGCCGGAGUGCACGGCGCGGAGGAGCAGCCGGAGCAGCUUUGUUAUAGGAACAGAGAAGCCUUGUGUCCUCAUGAUUAAUUCAUGUCCAGCUGCGGGAUGGAGACAGAAGCAGCCAGUCACACACAGACAGGAGCACGUACUUAAAGGAGGCUGAAAUAAGUAACUACCGGUCUGGUAGCCAUGGGAGACAGGAGAGACAGGUUGUCACAGAAAUGGGUAGCAAAGGAGAUGAGACGAUAAAAAAAAAAAAAAGGAACCAAAGAGGGGCUCUCAUCAUCGUCUCCGCUGUCUGACACGCUUUCUGGCUGUACCAGGGAGGAGCAGAGCAUCCUGCAGAGAGACACGCAUCUGUUGUGUGGCUCCUCUGCAUCCCUCUCCGGCUACACUCUGAAUGUCAAGCCCCACUGAGCAGAACAGGCUCCGGGUCGUCAUGGAGACAAGAGCAGACCCCUGCUGGAACAGAGGCAGGUAGUCACUGUGGCUCGGCCGGCCCGCUGUGAGCCGAGGCACGCCCUCUGCCGUCCACUGAUUGCAUCAGGCCCCACAGGGGGGGGGGGGGGCUCAGCUAAUAGAGCGUCUGAAGGUCUGAAUGGCUUUGGAUGUGAAACACUGUGGAAAUGAUCAGUGCACACAGUGCAUUAGCUCUGGGGACGCACUCUCCUCGCGGAGUGCUGUAUUUCGAGACUUUGCUUUAGGCAUGUUCUCUUUCUGUUGCAGAGUUGACUGAGUGCAUCUACUGUAAUGGCCUGGACUAAAAAUAUCAAGUUCGCUGUGGGGGAAUGUGCAAAGAAUUAUUACUAUUUUUCUUCUCUUCUUUGUUUUCAUCUCUUUUCGUGGACUCGACUGCCUCUCGGAGCCUCACACAUCCUCUCCUCUGUCUUAUUUUAUUUGUCUAGUUUUGUGCCCUUUUCAGAUUGUUCCAUCCCAUUAAUCUCUCUUGCACCUCUUCUUAUUGCUUUUUCUUCUUCCCAGUUCGGCCCUCUGCUCUUUUUCACCCCUGGCCGGCACUAUUUUUCCUCUCUGUUGCUUUCCCAAUCCCAAUUCCUCUGAUCUGUGUCCUCUCUCUGCCUCAAUCCCAGAUAAUUCCCUCUCUGUGGAAUUGGAAGAUUGUAGCAGGCGAGAGCAAAAGAGAGAUUAUACUGCCAGAUUAGUGGACAGGAGCAGCAAUACAUAAUCUCAGCACACUCACUGACACACACACACACACACACACACAGCGCCACUCGAUCUCCUGCAGACACGUGGGUCCACGUGCACAAAGCAUUUGCCACUUGAAUAAAUGCAAAAGCACAUAAUCAGACACUUGUUGUUUUUCUGCAAACAGCUGUUUAACCCACUUUCAUUGCCCUCUGACCUGCAGGGUGAUGAGCCAUCAGCCACUGGGGGGCAUCUGUCCUCUCUGCAACUUCUUCAUCCUGUGAAGCUUAUGGGAUAGGAGUGCGUGUGCCCCUUCCCAAACACUGCAGCCCCACUGGAGUCAUUUGUGCCAAAGCUGAGUUGCGUUGAAGGAGCAGAGAUGGGCAGCCCGUGCUGCGAGGUGGGUCUAGCCGGGCCGGGGGAGCCAGCCUCGGAGGCUCUGUGUCCCGAGUGUGGCCAGAUCCACCGCAGCUGGGAGAACCACCUUUUCAACUACCGUCUGGAAGUGGACGACGACCUGGUGUGCCACAUCUGCCUGCAGCCGCUGGUGCAGCCGCUGGACACGCCGUGCGGACACACCUUCUGCGCCCGCUGCCUGCGUAGCUUCCUCCAGGAGAGGGACUUCUGCCCGCUGGACAGGACACGGCUGCAGCUGCAGGCGUGCCGCAGAUCCAGCAUACUGGUGCACAAGCUGCUGGACAAGAUGUCCGUGUCCUGCCCUCUGACCCCCGUCUGCUCCCUCAGCAUGCCACGAUGUGACCUGGAGGCACACCUCAAACACAGGUGUCCCGGGACGAGGUGUCAGCAGAUGAACGUGGAAGGCCUGCGAUGUGAGAGCGGGGAUGAGCGAGCAAUGGUGACCAGCCCUCCCAGGUCGCCCCGCUCCCCGCAGACAGAGCUGAGGGACCGCACACCCUCUCCACCCUCCGGACCUAAUGACACCAGCGGCAAUGGGCCCGUGUGGACGGACGACGCCGGCCUCGACAACCCUGCCUUUGAGGAGAGCACGGAGGAAGAAAGUGUGAUAAGGUUGGAGUGUGUGGUCCCCAGGGUGAAGCGGCCCCUCAGCAAUCCCUGCAUCCACCUCCUCCGCUCUGUCAGCUCCACCUCCUCCGGCUGGGACUGCCCCGAGUCUCCGCCUCUCUCCGCUGAAGAGGGCUGUGUGAAGUUGCCCUCGCUUCCUGAAGGAGAGAUAACUGCCAUUGAGGUCCACCGGGCGAACCCGUAUGUUGAGCUGGGCAUCAGUGUGGUCGGGGGAAAUGAGACGCCUCUCAUCAACAUCGUGAUUCAGGAAGUGUACAGAGACGGGGUCAUCGCACGAGACGGGAGGCUGCUGGCCGGGGAUCAGAUACUACAGGUGAACAAUGUGGACAUCAGUAACGUCCCCCACAGUUUGGCCCGCUCUACACUGGCACGCCCGUGCACCACUUUGCAGCUGACUGUGCUCAGGGAGCGUCGUUGUGCCUCCCGGGCACCUCCCUCCUCUUCCUCCUCCACCCCGGCUGUGCCCCACGCCCCUUGCUCCACCCCUGAGGGCGCCCCGUCCAGCCCUGCUACCCUGAGAAUCACCCUACACAAGAGGGACUCCGCAGAGCAGCUUGGCAUUAAGCUGGUAAGGCGAACAGAUGAGUCAGGAGUGUUUGUGUUGGAUCUGUUGGAGGGAGGCCUGGCAGCGAAGGAUGGCAGACUGAGGAGUAAUGACCGUGUGUUGGCGGUCAACGACCAGGACCUACGCCACGGCACCCCGGAGCAGGCUGCACAGAUCAUACAGGCGAGUGGAGAGCGAGUCCACCUGCUGAUUGGCCGACCCACCAAACCAACUCCUCCUCCACCGCAAAAGUCAGGCUUCACCAGAGACCUCUACUGCCUUGAUCACUUCCUGCCUAACCACAGCGCUACCCCGAGCCCUGUGCCAAUACACCUCUCCCGCACCAGCACUCACAGAGACCUUUCCCAGUGUGUGACCUGUAAAGAGAAACACAUCACUGUGAAGAAGGAGCCCCUCGAGUCUCUAGGCAUGACUGUUGCAGGAGGGCGGGGCAGUAAGAGCGGGGAGCUGCCGAUCUUUGUGACCAGCGUCCAACCACACGGCUGCUUGUCGAGGGACGGGCGAAUCAAACGAGGUGAUGUCCUGCUGAGUAUUAACGGGCAGGACUUAACGUACCUGAGCCACAGUGAGGCAGUGGGCACCCUGAAGGCCAGCGCUGCCUCGCCCUCGGUGCAGCUGCGGGUGCUGGAGGUCAGCAUGGUGGAAGAGCUCGACCCCGACGAGCUGCUGCCUCACACACAUGACAGUGACUUCGAUGCCAACUGGUCCCCUUCGUGGGUCAUGUGGCUGGGCUUACCCAGCUACCUGCACAGUAGUCAUGAGAUUGUACUGCGGAGGAGCCACCCGGGCAGCUGGGGCUUCAGCAUCGUAGGGGGAUACGAGGAAAGUCACGGCAACCAGGCGUUCUUUAUCAAGACCAUCGUCCUCGGCACACCUGCGUACUACGACGGCCGCCUCAAGUGUGGGGAUAUGAUCGUGGCAGUCAACGGCCUGUCGACAGCAGGAAUGAGCCACUCGGCGCUGGUGCCCAUGCUGAAGGAGCAGCGCAGCCGGGUGGCGCUUACUGUGGUCUCCUGGCCUGGCAGCUUGGUAUAGCCGGGCCAGACCAUAAGCAGGCUGCGCACCACACAGAAUGUUCUAUAUUGGGAACGACCUUGGCCAAAGUGAACUGGUAAACGCUACUGUACAUCGCUCCAUAACGGGCUUAAUCCAGGACCAAAAGCAUUCAGAACUGUAAUAGACCCAGCAGGACCAAGCCUGUCCUGUCGGGAACUGAUCCAGAUCGUGGCACGUCACUCGACAGACUGCACUCACAAACACACUGCUGUGUUCAUAUGGUCAUGUUGUCAUCACUCCCGCAGGGAGAAAUGGUACUGCAACUGUUGAACAGGCGAUCAGUGCUGUGCUCACCUCACCAGGCAGUUGUAGAAUCCAGGGCUGUAUCCAUUCAGCUGGAUGCAUCGUUGCAGGUAGAGAUAGAAUAUUAAAACUUAAAAAGUAGCCUUUGAUCCUCUGUCAGAGGAUAACAACCUGUAAUCACUAGAUUUUCUGCAACAUCAGCGUUGCAUCCAGCUGAAGAAGCCUCAGGCCUUAUUAGAAACCUGCCGCACCCUGGGGGCUCGACUGCCCGAAGGCCUCAUCACCAUGACAAACCAGCUGUCACAUCAGCCGGAGUUUUAUACAUGUGUGUGAAUGUGUGUUCUGAUUGUUUAAUAAACAUUUCCUUCGAAGGAUAAA